AUGAAGCUACAUCCAGAUGUUGCAGUAUGCCUCGUAGCAAUCAAUACUCACCUCUAUCGCUGCUGGUUGUUGGCCUGCGAUAGAAUCGGUGUCAAUCAGCUGCUGGACUUUGUGGCACCGCUCGUGAAGAAAGGGCUGAAGAGUGUGAUCCUGUUCGGUGUAGUGAAUCAAAGCAAAAAAGACGCACUUGGCACCUGCGCGGACGAUGCCACCAACCCCGUAGUAUUGGCCCUGCCCAUGCUCAGAAAGGCCUUCCCCGACCUCCUGCUAGUGGUUGAUGUCUGCCUAUGUCCGUACAGUGAUACGGGUCACUGCGGUGUGUUCAAAGCGGAUGGGGCGCUUGACAAUGGGCCCAGCACCCAGCGCAUCGCUGAAAUUGCGAUCAACUACGCCAAGGCCGGCGCACAGGUAGUGGCUCCCUCAGAUAUGCUAGAUAACCGCAUCGACGCCAUCCGGGGUGGUCUGAGGGAUGCUAACCUGGACGGACAGGUGAGUAUUAUGAGUUACAGUGCCAAAUUCGCGUCGGCCUUCUACGGCCCCUUCAGAGCAGCGGCUGGUUCCGCACCUUCGUUCGGCGACAGGCGCAACUACCAGCUACCCCCUGGCGCUCGGGGGUUGGCUAUUCGUGCUGGUGAUAGGGAUGUGGUUGAGGGGGCGGAUAUGCUCAUGGUCAAACCAGGAGGGCCGUAUCUGGAUAUCAUCAGAGAGCUUAAGGACAAGUACCCGCAACUACCCAUGUGUGUGUACCAAGUGUCGGGCGAGUAUGCACUCAUGUGGCACGGAGCCGCCGCCGGUGCAAUAGACCUGAAACGGGGAGUACUAGAGACCAUGACGUCUUUCAGACGCGCAGGUUGCGAUUGUAUAAUCACAUACUAUACACCAAUGCUUCUUGACUGGUUAGAUGAGUAAUGGAACAGCAGGACUGCACACAUACCACAAUCACAGCAAGAGUCGAAGACGAUUUUAUAUUUCACAGUCGGGUUGGGGUCACUCACCUUCACCUCGGCCGGCGGGCGAGCAAGUUGCUCGGUCAAGCUAUUUCUUGGCAUUUUAACGGCAACAGAAAUAAUCAAAAUGCACAAUAGGAAACCACAAAGAAAACAAAUGUACAGGGGAAAGAGACCUGACGAGUGUAUUACAAUCGAUAUUUUGAAAACCCAUGUCAUAUUCAUCUGUUCCGCAGUCGAAUUCACAAUGUCAAUAGUGGUCUGGUACUCGUUCAAGUAUGUGUUGCAAUCGUUAAGACCGUGAUCGACUUCUGCAGCUCUCAUCACGGCUAUCCUGAAAAUACACCAUAACUGUCUACUACUAAUCUAAAUCGAUACAUACGUCACAACCUGUUGAUAGUACGAACAAUAUUUGGCGUGUUGCAAUUUUGCGCCUUUUUUGGGGAGGCUAUCAAUUUUACAGAGAAUUUGAACUGAAAAUGCCAGAGAUAUGCAAAUAUCUAUAUUUCGUCUGUCUUUUUUUUUCAUACUCGUUGCUGGUUACCCAGCAGCAACAUUGUAGCCGCUUUGACGGUUUCAACUUGCAGUUUUAUCUCUUGAAUUUUAAUAGAUUUCCGGCAAGACGUGAAAGAUUAUCCACUGAAAAACGACUUGCUGUAGACAGCUGACAAACAAUCCGAGUUCACUGGAGGGUGGAGCACUAACAUUAGUGACUACUCUCAUAGCAAUACUGAAGUCC